GAGCAGGAGAAGGAGCUCCUCGCGGACCUGCCGGAAGUGGAGAGCUUCUUGAAGACGUUCACCUUCCCAGAGCAGGAGGCAUCUGACGACCCCAUGGAGCGGCGACCCGACCUCGACUCGGGCCUGGAAGCGCAGCUCCCCGCGGAGGAGCUGCCCUACACCACCGUGGAGCUGCUCGGGAACCACAACGGCGAGCCCGGCGUGGUCGGCAAGCUGAAGUUCUGCUGCCGGGUAGUCGAGAAGGGCCACAAGGACCAGCGCGAGGAGGACGAGUGGCAGAGCAAGCUGAAGAGUCUGAAGGACGGCUUCGCGAACGCGAACGACCUGGUGAUCCGCGCGUACGUCCUCUCCGCGGACGAGCUGUGCCCAAACUCGGGCAGCAAGGACAUCACCUCCUUCGUGCGCAGCAGGAUUUCGCUCCAGAGCGACGCCUUCGUCCACGCCGACGACGGCGUCACGAGAACACACACGCUGCACCCGAAAUUCAACACGCUGCACACGUUCUCGCACUGCGCGUUCCCCGACGAGGGCGCCAUGCAGUUCUCGGUGUGGGAGGCCGCGUCCGGCUUGCUGGGUUCCGACAUGUCCAUCGGCGCCGACAUCAUAGACCUCGAGGACCGCUGGUUCCACCCGAAGUAUCAGAAGAUGGUCGCGCGGGACGAGGUGCCCAUCGAAACAAGAGGCCUCACCGACACCGACUCGAGCUUCUGCAGCGGGCACCUGCGCAUGUGGAUCGACAUAAUGCACCGAGAGGAAGCCCAGCGCCGCGGGCCCGCGGAUUUGCCCUCCGCCGACCCGGUUGAGUUCCAGCUGCGCCUGGUGGUGUGGACGGUCACUAGGAUCGAGGUGGACGGCGACGACUGCCCAGACAUCUACGUCACCGCGGAGCACAUCCUAGACAACGACACCCCUGUCCGAGACCAGACCGACACUCACCACAACUGCGACGACGGGAAGGGCACCUUCAAUUGGAGGAUCCUCCUGAACCUGAUGGUCCCGUGCAACAACCCCCGGAUUACCUUGCGGGUCCUCCAAGACAAUUGGAUGGCCGACGAAGCAUUUGCCGAGGUUAAUUUGGAUUUGACCAGCGACUUUCUCAUCGCUCAAAGGGGCACAAUCGUGGAGAUCAAGCGAGACACUGUCCGGAUGACCAGCCCGAGCAACCCGGACGAGGCAGGUCGCAGAGGCAGCCCCAUCGUGCACUGUGGCAGUACCAGCCGGUGGGAGGCCGGCCGCGUCGUGGGCAGACGUCUCGCGAUGGCUCGAGGUGCGCGGAAUCCUGGACAUGGAGGCCAGGCUCCUGCCCAUGACCGCCGCCCUGGCCCAGCCUGUGGGCGCAGGCCGGGGCGCGAUAGGGAGCCUUUCCUGGACCCGAACGACCCGCACCUGUUGAAGCACCGCAGCUCGUUCGGCAGUGGGGAGUGGUUUGGGGACAUCACCGCCCUCGGCGGCGCCCUCUUCAAGGGGGCCAUGCUGAUGACCAUGUUGUACGUCGCUGGCGGGGCCGUUGCCGCCUGCCUCGGCACGGCCAUGACCAUCAUCAUGGCCCUCAAGUGA